AUGGAAGGAAACCAAUUAAAGUGCUUAAUAGUUGGAGAAACACCAGCAGCACAAUUUUUAGGAUGGAGGCUAAGUUUAGGCAACUCUUUCAUAGUACUGGUGUCGCAAUAUGUAUCCAGUGACGGAUUAGUUGCGUGGAAAUCCACCAAGCUAGGCGCCAAUUUUUAUACGCCAAACAUUUUCACUAAGGAUAUCAGAGAACUGCCUGAUAAAUUAAAAGAAGACGGUGCAAAUAAAUAUUCAAUUGACAUUAUGUUAGUCUCUGCAAUUUCUCUCCAAGCUUUUGAAACAAUCUGCGAGUUGCUCUCUGAUUUUACAAGUGAAAACACAACUGUACUUGUUAGUACAGACUUCGGUUGUGAAUUAGAACCAGUUGCGAUAAGGUAUUUUGGGGGUAAGUGUAAAUGCGUUCUUUCGAUUUCAUGCGAGGUCGAGUGCAGACAGCUGUCACUCGGAUCAUAUGCAUUAGUUAAUGAUGAUCAAUGUAUAAUCACUUUGGGACUAACUUAUUGUGACAGUAAUUUUGGAACAGAGUUGGAUGUGUUGGAAAAUACGAGAGCAGCUUCGUUAGAAUUGCAAGGGACAAAGGAUUCAAAUGUUAACAGGUUCCUCCUGGAAUUGAAUGUUACAAAAUGGAUAAAAUCUAAAUUGAUAUUGGACUCAAGGCAAAUGGCUUUGAAAAUGUGGGAAGUGAUCAUUCCAAAAAUUUCGUUGAAUAUCCUUUCCAUUAUCUAUGAACAAUUUGAUUACGAGAAAAUGUUAGAAAAUAAGUCAACUGAGAUUAUUUUCAGAGACCUAGUACAAGAACUUUUUGGAAUUUGCUUUGCGCAAUGUGGAAAUAAAGUAGUUAGAUUUCUACAAGUAAAAGCUCAAGGUGAGGAUGAGAUCAAUUUUGAGAAAAUUGUGAAAUAUUGUGAGAGCAAAAAGUUGCAACUUAUUAAUUCUACUGCAAAUGAGCACCCGGAAUAUUUAUCUCUGCCCUUUGAACCAUAUUGCUUUUAUCAUCGAUUCGAAUAUCCAGCUCAAAUCCUUUUACAUCAACCGAUUACUUUGGCAAAAAAGUAUGAUGUUCCAUGCUCAAAUUUAAACUUCUUAUAUGGAUUUUAUACGAGGUUACUGACAUUAAGUGGACUGUCAAUAAAUGGUGGCAGGUGUGAGCACGCAUUGUCAAUGUUGGACAACAGAAUUGGCGGUGGAAUGAAUGUCGGUUCAGGAAUUAAUAGCGGUCAGGAUCAUGCCGAUAUUGAUUGCAAGAACGAAGAUAUAGCCACAAACCGAGUAGACAAAAAUACAAAGGAGGGUUCCUAUAUAAGUUUAACGCAGCGGUUUUCGAUGGCAAGCCCAUUGGGCGCUAAUGAUCCUGCUCUACCAGCAGAUUUAGAGAAACUAUAUUUGGGUGCAGAGUACAUCAGCAAUUGUGACAUAAAUGUAUCUGGUGGUCAAAAACAAACAAAUUCUCCGAUUAAGGCGGAUAUGGGCUACAAUGACAAGUAUUUCCCUGAUGAUAUGAAACGUACAGUUGAAGAUGAAUACUUGGCCGAUGAAGACGAUUUUUCUUGCCUUGGAAUCGAUAAAAGAGGUUCUACAAAACCCACAAAACCCUUGGAGAAAUUCGGAAUUGUCGCUGUGCCACAUUUUAUUAGGAGAUUCUCGACUAAAAGAUCGAGCGGAGAUAAACCUAAUGAUACGAGAAGGCCCUAUACCACAAGCAGUUUGGAGUUGCAAUUGCGGUCAAACCAUUCCAUGUUCACCAAAGAAUACCAAGAUUUACAUAGACAAUUAUACUACGAAGCUAAACCAAAUACACAGUCAGAAUUGGACUCGAGACGUCGCAACUAUGCUGAAUUAGAAUCUCAGAUGUGGAAAAUUAAACAUCGAUUCAACAUUCAUAGGGGAGCAUUACCACGCCCUCGAACAAAUCCGUACGAGAUACUACUGGACCACAUAGAGGUUUUGAACCGUGGUAACACUGGUGAUAUUUUGCGCUUUACCACAAGUAGAUACGGUGGUGUUGAUACAUACAAUACUAUCUUGAAAGAUCAAUCUAUGAUUAUGAACCUUUUAGAUAAACGGUGUGCCUAUUCACCCCCGGCUCUGUUAAAAAACCGGGGUCAAGAACGUGAUCCUGAUCCUGAUCCUGAUCACGGUCACGACCAACAACAUCGGAGUCAUUAA